AUGGACUUGAUCAGCCAUGAAGAUGAAAAUCGAGCUCGUGAAAUCACAUUGGAAUAUCUGAAUUUUCUGGAUGAUUCUGAUGGUAACAAAACUUAUACCCAAAAAUGUGAAGACAUGGUUAAGGAAAAUGGAUCACGAAUGAUUAUUAACUUGAAUGAAUUGCGAAAGAAGCUCCCUGAACGUGUAAAUGGGCUUCUACGAAAUUUCGUACCCGAAAUUUUGUGUUUGCAACAAGCUGUGAAAGAUUAUGUUAGCCGUUUGGAUCCAGAUUAUGGAAAAAGCAAAGAUUUCAACGUUGGUUUUGAAGGGAGCUUUGGUGACCGACACGUCAAUCCUCGAACACUUAAGUCGCAAUUUCUCGGUAAUCUGGUAUGCUGUGAAGGCAUUGUCACAAAAUGUUCUGCUCUGCGGCCAAAAGUAGUUCGCAGCGUACACUACUGUCCUGCUACAAAGAAAACCUUUGAGCGACGUUACACGGAUUUGACUACAUAUGAAGCUUUCCCUUCUAGUAAUGUCUAUCCAACGGAAGAUGAAAACAAAAACCCGCUUGAAACCGAAUAUGGCUUAAGUACAUAUCGAGAUCAUCAAAUGUUUUCGAUACAGGAAUUACCGGAGUAUGCACCACCAGGACAGUUGCCACGUUCGGUGGAUGUCGUAGCAGACGAUGAUUUGGCAGAUAGUUGUAAGCCUGGUGAUCGUGUUCGUGUGAUUGGUUUGUAUAGAUGUUUACCGAAUAAACAAAAUGGUUAUAGUAGUGGAAGUUUCAGAUCAAUUAUUAUUUCCAACAAUAUACAAUUGCUGAGUAAGGAGAUGCAGCCAAAUUUUUUACCAGAUGAUAUCAAAAAUAUUAGGAAAAUGAGUCGACAAAAGAACAUAUUUGAUACACUCGCAAGAUCGUUGGCACCAUCAAUAUGGGGACACGAAGAAGUGAAAAAAGCAAUACUUUGUCUUUUAUUAGGAGGAAAUGAAAAGCUUUUGCAAAAUGGUUCACAUAUUCGAGGGGAUAUAAAUAUUCUUCUCAUAGGAGACCCCUCAGUUGCAAAAAGUCAGCUAUUAAGAUAUGUACUGCAUACCGCACCACGUGCAGUUGCAACUACUGGACGGGGAUCGAGUGGUGUAGGUUUAACUGCAGCAGUAACGACUGACAUUGAUUCUGGAGAACGUCGUCUUGAGGCAGGUGCCAUGGUUUUGGCUGAUCGAGGAAUUGUUUGUAUUGAUGAAUUCGACAAAAUGUCCGAUAUCGAUCGUACAGCAAUACACGAAGUGAUGGAACAGGGAAGAGUAACAAUUGCUAAAGCUGGUAUCCAUGCUAAAUUAAAUGCACGAUGUUCUGUUCUGGCUGCUGCAAAUCCAGUCUUUGGAAGAUAUGAUUCAUUCAAGAGUCCUAUGGAGAACAUUGGCAUGCAGGAUUCUCUGUUAUCUCGAUUUGAUCUUAUAUUUGUCUUAAUGGAUGAGCAUGAUCCAGAAAAUGAUAAUAGCAUCGCAGAGCACAUACUAAAACUUCAUCAAUAUCGUACGCCCGGAGAACCAGAUGGUACAGUCCUACCAAUGGGGACUGCUGUUGAAAAGCUUACGACUUUUGAUGUAGAAGAAGACGAAUCAUCAACGAAUGAAAUUUGUAUAAAAAGCAAAGAGUGGUGUGCGGGCAAGAUAAGAGACAAAUUGUUGACUGUGCAGUUUGUUCGAAAAUAUAUUCAUAUGGCAAAAUCUUUAAAACCAAAGCUGACUGAAGAAGCUUGUGCUUUUAUUAGCAGUUGUUAUUCUGAUUUACGUUCCUUUGAUACAUCCAUAACAGAUCGUGAAAGAACUAUGCCCGUAACAGUGAGGCAAUUGGAAACUUUGAUUCGUGUAUCAACAGCUAUGGCUAAAGCCAGAUUAGCGAAAAAUAUUGAACGAUCAGAUGCUGAAAAAGCUUACCAGUUGUUAUAUUAUGCAUGUUUCAAGGAAAAACCGAAAGAGCGCUUAGAAAUGGAAGAAAAGCAAAGGAAAAAGCACAGAACGAAAUCAGAAAGUGAUGGAACAGAUGAUGAGGAGUCUGAUGUUUCGGAUAACUUGAACGUAUCAGAAGAAACAACAGUGCAAACUUCACUUCGACGAUCGAAAAGGCGUGGAAUGCAGGAAGAUUCACAAAUAUCAGGUUCCGCUGAUUCUUCUGCUAUGGAUGUCACUCCUAGCUUUGAUGGCACAAGUACAGCAGAUUUGAGUGGUCCUAGUGUGAAACGAUUGCGUCAGGAAACACCAUCCAUCAGCAUUGAUCGGUAUAAAAAGUUUCGCAGGUUCUUAAGAAAGGCAUUUGAUGACAACGACAGUAUGGAUGAUAUGAUUGAGGUUUCAGUCAUAAAGAGUGCUAUUCAGGAACAGGCAGGAUUUGUUCCAUUUAGCGAUAAAGAAUUUGAAGCAGCUUUUGAGCAGCUGUCAUCAGAAAAUAUUAUAAUGAUGGUAGACAACAGAAUCACAUUGAUCUAG